CCCCGUUACGUCAUCAUGCCGCGCCGCUCCAGAGCCGGGGGGCGGAGCCUCCGCUCAAGCCCCGCCCCUCGGCCGCCCGCCCCCUCCCUCGGGGACGCCCCGCUCCCCUCAGAGCCGCGGCGCUGCGCGGCCAUGGAGGCGCCGCCGCGGGGGGCCCAGCGGGGCUGGUACCUGUCCGCACGGCGGCAGCGGGACGGCGCCCAGGGGGAGGACGGCGACGACGACGACGACGACAGCGAGGAGGAUGGGGAGACCGUGCCACUGCUGCCGCCGGCGACGGGCAGCGGCUCCCCGCAGCGCGGCUCCUCCUUCGGCCUCUCCGUGUUCAACCUCAUGAACGCCAUCAUGGGCAGCGGCAUCCUCGGCUUGUCCUACGCCAUGGCCAGCACGGGGGUCCUGGGCUUCAGUGUCUUGCUGCUGAUGGUUGCCAGCCUUGCUUCUUACUCCGUGUUCCUGCUGCUCAGCAUGUGCACCCGGACCGCUGUCACUUCCUAUGAGGACCUUGGCCUGUUUGCGUUUGGAUCAGCUGGGAAGGUCCUUGUUGCAACUACAAUAAUUAUCCAGAAUAUAGGAGCUAUGUCAUCCUAUCUGUUAAUUGUGAAGUCUGAGCUUCCUGGUGCUGUUGCCGGGUUCUUAAAUGGAGAUGAGAGUGGGUCCUGGUACCUCGAUGGGAGACUGCUGCUACUCAUUACUUCGGUCUGCAUUGUAUUUCCUCUCGCUCUUCUUCCUAAAAUCGGCUUUCUUGGCUACACAAGUAGUUUAUCAUUUUUCUUUAUGGUGUACUUUGCGCUUGUGAUUAUGAUUAAAAAGUGGUCCAUCCCUUGUCCUCUACCUCUGAGCAGUGCAAUAGAGACUUUACAGGUUUCAAAUUCUACUGCGGAUUGUAAAGCAAAGCUCUUUCAUCUUUCAAAAGAGAGUGCUUAUGCAAUACCAACCAUGGCCUUCUCUUUUCUCUGCCAUACCUCAGUCUUACCGAUUUACUGUGAGCUCCAAAGUCCAUCCAAAAGCAGAAUGCAGAAUGUAACUGUCACAGGAAUUGGCCUGAGUUUCAUAAUUUACUUUAUGUCUGCUUUGUUUGGGUAUCUGACUUUUUAUGACAAAGUGGACUCUGAGUUGCUGCAGGGUUACAGCAGGUACCUGCCACACGAUACUGUCAUCAUGACUGUUAAACUAGCCAUACUGUUCUCCGUGCUUUUGACAGUCCCUCUAAUCCACUUCCCAGCGAGGAAAGCUGUAUUGAUGGUGUUCUUCUCUUACCUUCCCGUGUCUUGGAUUUGCCAUAUCCUUGUCACUUUAGCGCUGAAUGCAAUCGUUGUUUUGUUUGCAAUGUACGUGCCAGACAUUAAAAACGUAUUUGGAGUAGUUGGUUCAACCACAUCGACGUGUUUGCUUUUUGUAUAUCCCGGACUAUUUUAUCUUAAACUUAGCAGAGAGGACUUUCUAUCACCGCAAAAACUCGGGGCAUGUGCAUUGGUUAUUUUUGGCAUUUGUGUUGGUCUGCUCAGUUUAAUUCUCAUAAUCCUCAAUUGGAUUAAUCAGUAACACCAUCUGGUUACUGUCCAAAGCGGGCUCCAGGAGGACAGCAAAAACAGAGAUGCGGGCAGCCUACAGGAAGCACUGACAAGAACCAUCUUCAGAGCAAAGAAGGCUUUUUCAGCCUGUUGGUGAUGUUCCUUCAUUAACUUUGAGUCGUGCUCCUCAGUUACCGCACAAUAAGUGUUUGCCAUUCUAAAAUACUAGUUGUUCAUGAUGUUCUCGUGGCAGGUAAAAGGAUCUCUUGGUAACUCCUGCUAUGCGAAGAUGGCUUAGUGCAUGUGGUGAACAAAAGCACGGCCUUGAAACAAUUUUUCUUUUAAAGAGAAUGAGAUUUUAUAUCAUUUGUGAUGUGCACAUCACGUAUUAUCCUAACAGUAAAAGACUACUGUUGCUUCUGUCAUUUCCAAGAGUUCAGCCAGGUGAUAUUAAAAACUUACUGAUUCCAAAUGUUUACCCUAAUUUAUCCUCAUACGGAUUCAGAGGCCAACCACCUUAGCCCAGCUGAAUGGGCACAUCAUGAUAAUUGUAUUCCUAGAUAGCUUUAUAUCCCCUAUGUACUUGAAUCACAUCGAAGUAAUUUUUAAAUUAGAAGCUUUUCCCCAUCCAGCAUAAUAGGUUCUAGCAGCAUUAGUGAUUCCGUUUUGUAGUUAAUAAUAGACCACUUUCAGUUAAUGUCUGCUUUUGAGUAUUAUUCAACUUACCUCAGUAUUCCUGCCAGUGGAGGACUUGUUUUUCUCUCUCACUGCCAUUUCUACCAGUGUUUCCUAUUUGAAAUAGAACAUAUCUGUAUUUUAUGUACUGCUGUGUGUUUGGACUUGAAAGGUGACAUUCUGCUGUCUUGAAGGCAAAGGAAAUUUUAUGUUUAUGGAACCUUAAUUUUACCCCAAAUCUCCAAACAUUCACAUGCUCUUUUGUAAUUGUAAUUUUUUUUUCUGUCUAAAUGAAUCGUGAAUGCCGUUUUCAGCACCAGCUGGGCUUUAUUACCAUACCCAGUAUGGUAUGGGGUGCCCACCACAAAAGUUCCUCAUAUCAGCCACUACUUUCAUUCUACUGAUAUCAUGGUAAGCUUCCUUAAAUUUGUUACUAUCAGAUGGCAUCUGAUGUCUUUAGAAUAGCCUAAUCUCUUUAGAGACUUUAUACCCUGAAGAAGUUAAGCCUCUGCAGAAACGCUUUGUGUAAAGCUAAGAAAUCAGACCUCAGACUCAAACGGCAAGAUUUAGAGAGUGGGAAAGUUCUUCAUUAUUUCCAGAUGCAGUAUUUCUUUUAAUUUAGCUUAGCACUUUUACAUCUGAGAAUUGGAAUAAGAUACAAACGCAACAUAGUAAAUUAAUUCAUCUGUGCAGUAUGAAAGAAGCUAGUGUAUGACAUUUACAUAAAUGUUUCUGUCCAGAAGGUGCACAGUAAAUUAGUUGACUCUAGCUAGAAAAUCCUGUUGAAACAAUUCUGUUAAUAUGUUGACAUAUGUUUUCUCCUUUGAGAUAGGGAAGACGCCCUAGAAACUGACAUUUCUAACCUCUUAGCAGCACGUCUGUCUUUUUUAAGCUCCUGUACAGAACUGGGGCCAGAACCUAAAAGUGAGGGGAAAAAAGCUACAGCAGAAUCAUAGCUGUGCUGUUCCCAAAAGCAGUUCUGCAUAAACAGUCAUAUUUUCCAGUGGUGUAGGAGAGGCGGCAUUCAGUCCUUGAAGUAUUGAUUUUUUAUUUUCGUUAAUGUUGUCACGGUAGACAGUAACUCAGCUCCUCACUGCUGGUAGCUGUAGGGCAACCUGAAAAUUGAUGUCAGCUUGGAAGGACUUCACUUGUAAGCCGACUGCCUUGGGAAAGUGUGACUGCCUGUGCCAGUGGCCUGCAGGGAGCACUGGGCGAGGGCUCUCUCCAGAAAAGGAUGUGCCAAAUUCAACAUAACCCAGAGAGAAUGCGCUUGAUCCUUCCCUGUGUUAUAGGGAGGAACAGAAAAUAGCAGAGUUGGAACCACCAUCCCUGUUCCUGAGCUGGCAAGCUAUGCCUUCUCUGGCUCCAGUGCCAGCAGAUCACUCAACUCUUGGGAUCCGUAAGAUGUUUUUCCCUUUUGAUAGAUGGCCUGCAGGCACCCAGGUGGUGUUGGUGUGCAGUUGGUACUGCUUCAGGAAUCCUUUGCGCCUGGGGAAUAUUCUUCUGCUUAGGAGUUUGACACAGAAAUAGGCUGGAGUGGCGAGGCAUGGGAACUAACUCAGGAGUUUUGUUAGGAUCCCCGUUCUUUAGGAAUCGCUGCACUGUAUGCUGAAAAGGGUUGCAGUUAUUUUCAGCACAAAGCUUCUAGCAGGGGUUUCAUGACACAAGGUGAGGUCACCACCAGAAACAGCACGUCCACUCCCGGGUGGAAGCUCACAGCUCCUUCUGUGGCCCUGGCACAGUGGUGGCUCCUGUGCAGUGUGUUAUCUGCCAAAAACUGAACGAAGUGAGCUCAGCUGGGGACAGGAAUGGGAAGGAGGAUGGAGUUGGACUGCCUUUUUAAGCAGCAGCAGCCAUUAGAUCAGUGUUUUUCUCACAAAUCUCACUCUCCAUCUGCUGAAGCAAACUGUGUGCACUCGGGAUGCCUCUAACUUGAUUGCUCUCUGGCCUCCUGUGGUCAUGGGGUUGAUCAGACGGUUUCUCAGCAUUGUGUGAGCAUCAGGGAUUGGGGCUGCCCAUCUUGCCUUUGUCCUUGCAGUUCUCCCUUACUUUUCAAUUCUUGAUAACCAGGUGUAGCCCCUCCUGCCUGUGGCUGCCCUGUGAAUGCUGUGUGCUCGCAGGCUUUGUUAGCUGUAGGGAUUCCUGCAGGCAGAGCAUCUCUGGCAGCAGUGCAAAAAGCUAAAUAUCUGUUUUACUGAAGUGUGCCUUGAGAAAUCAACGAUGGCUGCAGAUCAGGAAAUGAUUUUCUAACUGAACCAAAGCUUAGGAAAAUAGGAGACCUUACGUUCAUGUCAGUGAACUGUGGAUAUAUUUUAUAAGACACUAGAAACUAGGAGGAAUAUUUCUUAGAAUUGUGAGGUUUUAUGGAAACCAUUUCUCAUAUAUCAUGGCCUUGCAGCUUACUAUUGAAUAGUAGUUGUAAGACAUCAUUGCAGGCACUUUAUUUUAAACUCUGAACAGCAGGACUUAAUAUGGAAGAUUUACAUCAGCUGUGAAGGUGCAGAAAGUUGGCAGGGUUCUGCUGAGCUUUUGCUCUUUGUUUCUCCCAGAGAAAGAAGCUGAGUCUGCCCUGUGCUGCAAUCCUCUGUGCAUGCACAGUUGGGUUUGUGUGCAUCAUGUUAAAAGACGGGGCUGAGAAGAUACUUGAAAUAAGGUGUUGGUUUUACAGCUGAUUCCUGUAAUGCUAUGGAAAUUGCUGCAUUAUUGUUUUUAAUCCCUGGGUACAUGAGGUGGGCCGUUAACUGACUGCCCUGGUAGGUAGCAUUGGGAUGGUGAAUACCAGUGUGUGAAGUUAAUGUUCCGUGAGGAUGAAGGGAAGCAAUUUGCACCUCUGCUGGAGCUCUAUUAUUACAUUUUGGCUGCGGUGCAGAAGGGAUGGAAGCACGCUGGUUUGCAGAACGCUGCUAUCUUCCAUUUGCAAAAGGGUUAGAAGUGCUGCUACUUCGAAGCAGCGCCUAUGAUACAGAACUUAAAACGUGAGGAGAGGGGCAGAAGGAGAGAACUUCUGCUGCUAAAUUUAGGAAAAGGUGCACGCAUUUUCCACAAUUCAAAAACAGAGUGAGGACACUGUUUUUAGUCUCAGUCUUCCCCAGACUGCUCGUGCAUUAUGUCCGUGUAAGGGUUUCACUACAGCUGUGCACAAGCAUGAGUUCUGCUGAGCUCCCGUCUCGCACUUGCUGCUGACUCACAUGCUUCUAAAUACAUUUUGCUUUAAGCUUGUGUACAGAUUGUUUUGGUUAUAUUUCCAGAUCGACGAAUUUCAGUGGUUCUGCUUUAUUAUGUGUAGUUACCAUUUUCUUUUCGGAAGCCUCAGCUAGAAGGAUCCCUCAGCAUUUCUGAGCUGGCUUGGAAAGGUUGCCUUUCCCCAGCUGCACAAGGAGAACAAUGUAAGAGAUUAAAAUGGGUCGGUAGCCUUUGAUUUGCUUUCUCUCGUUCUCCCGUUUCCAUUCCAUGUCCAUGUAAAGGCUGCUCAGGUUUCAGAUGCACUGCGGUGAGCUGGGCUGGAGGUGUCUCUUGUAAGCAGCGUUGCAGAAGGGAACGCUGCACACAGAGUGCUCGCAGCCUGUGUAUUGUGCUCGAUGCUCGUGGUUUAUUCCCAGGUUUCUAAGCAUCUUAAUACUGAUUUUCACUGCAGUUUGUUUAAAAUUCUCUCUUGUGACCCUGUGCAGUGUAAACUGAGACUCUGUGAUACCGUCCUCUCCUCUCUGCCCCUCCUUUCACCUUCCCCUGAGCAUGGAGACGCGACGGUGCAACAAGAUCUCUGUGCUCGAGCUGCUAGGGCAGAUGUUACAUCCUACCCUGCUUGUAAACCUGUUGUUUGCACGGGAGAGGAUGCAGGCUUGUGCCUUAUUGCUGUAUUUCUGACUGUGCACAAACGGUCAUUGUGGUAUGGAUCUGAAAGUCAGCGCUCUGAAAGCUGCAGUGCGUGGAGGAUGUGAGGACUCAGGGGAACUGUCUGCCCAUGUGUACCUCCGCUGGGCAGCAGUAGAGCAGGUUAUGGGCCUGGGUGGGCCUGAUCCAAAAUAGCCAGUCUUAUUUAAAAUAAUUUCGUAAAAUUAAUUUUUAGGAUUAUUUGUAUAGAAUAUGGACAAUUCUCGUUAGUGUCAUCACGCACGUUCAGCAUGGCACACAACAUGUGAGGACAGAGCUGUGCCUGUUCUGGAUCCAGGUGACUGUUUCACCUUGAGCACAGAUGUGUUCAGCCAGCUCCAAGGCUCUUCCAGAGCCAAAGGGAGGUUCCGAAUUUGGAAUCCUGCAAAUUCAGCAGCCUGGGGUCUUUAUUUUGCUUACACUGAUGUUUGUAUGAACAGUAGGAGGAGAUGGACAUUGUACCAAUGCAUCCCUGCAAAGACCUGAAGAUGAAUCCCGUUGUUUCCAACUGUCCCUGCGUACAGAAAUGGAGAUUAACGUUACCUCAGUAGUGGGCAUCCUAAUGCACUCUCUAAUUAAAGCUUCAACUUCAGGUCAGUCCGGGAGUUAAAAUAACAUUGAUUGCUGUAGAACUCCUUUCCUAAUUAGAUUUAACACUUAACCCAGGAUCGUUGCUUUACAUUGCCUUUGAUGUUGAAAGCAUUCAUUAUAGUUCUGCAUUCUGUGGAGCCUUGGGACACAUCUACUUCCCAAUCACUGCCAGUGUCAGACAGUUUCCACUGUUGAAAGAGAGCUGCCUAAUUUCUGCAGUUUGCGGUGAUGUUUUUUGUGUUUGUCUUUCAAAAGUGAUCAUUCAGCUGUGUUUAAUGUGGAAUUGAAGUUUUGUUUUUUUUUUAAAAAAAAGUCAUCUGUAUGUAAAAAAAAUACCUCGUGAACGUCUGGUCUGUGUGCCAUGCAUUUCCUGUUUUGAGUUCUUCCUCCCACAGAUUUCUAUGGAGCAGCUGUGGCGUGUUCCAAGAAAAGCAGAAAAUAAAGAACAGUGUUUGCAUAAUUCA